AGUGACUUGACCUCCUGUCCCUGUACCUUCCCGGACGACCAAAGCUCCAGCGUCUUCUUGACCAGUUGGUGUUUCUCGCUGUUCGGGGGCAUCGCCACCCCCUCUUUGGCCAGGCCAAAUAAUCAUAUAUGGAAGCCUCCCCAUUGUGCUGGUUGCUUUGGGGUUUUACCAGAUAUUUUGCUGAUGGCUUGCAGCUCACUUCACCGACCCCACGACACAAGUCGGGCCCCCCGAAGUGUUGCCUGGGCUUGUGGGCAAGCCAGCAGGGUCGGGAGCAACUAUCUAAUAGACACUGGUGGCAGAGGUCCAGGGCUCACAGUGCACUGGAGCAGAGGAUCCGGGGCAGGUCCAGCCUUCGGGAGCACAUACAGCAUAAAUAAAGUGUUCCACAUCUUCUGUUGUGUCUAUUAGGAUAAAGUGAUAUUAUCUACUGUUACGAUUGAAGGUAAUUACUUCAUGGCCAGAUGAUAAGUGAAAUUUUAUAAUAAUUUUAUUAGAGAUUUUAAAGGCAAAAUAGAGUUUGCAGGGGUAAUAAUCUAUCGUCAUGUCAAAACAUAUGAUUGUGGUUUGUAAUGGUAAUUGAGAUCAUGGGACUAAUGAUUUACAGUCAAUAGCGCCAGAAUACUAAAUUUAUGAGGAGCACCUGAAGGCAUCAAAAGAAAAGAUAGCUAGCUUAACUAGCAUCAGCCAUGUAGCGGUUUAAACGGGCUAGCCUGCGCAGUCGUGAUGAUGUUGCUCUUAGUGCAGCUGGUUAAUUUACGUGCAAGAGAAGCGACCCUCCGGACGGCAUUAGACGUAUUUAUUCGGUCAUUUGUUUUAAAUAAGAGGAUCAGGACUAAGAGGAUCAGUUGUACCACUUAAUCUUGAACCCCCGUUUCAAGCAAGGGAGUCCAACGCUGAAAGAUGGGGGAGUUUGAGAGCAGUCCUCUGGGCCGGGUAACAGUGUACUCCAUCCAGGGCUGCCCACACUGUAUGCAGGCUAAGGCCACGCUCAGGCGUUUGGAGGUACCAGUAUGUGACGUGGACCUGGGUAGGCAUCCGGAGCUGAGAGCCAGAGUGAAGGAGCUGACAGGACGCAGCACAGUCCCUCAGAUCUUCUUUAACAACGUUCAUGUCGGGGGCAAUGAUGACCUGCAGAAAUUGGCUCCUGAGGAGCUUCAGAGGUUGGUGAGUCUGGUCAAGGAGGAGCCUCUUCCAGCAGAAGCUCCACCGCUACCAGAGGAAAACCAGUCAGAGGAUACAGCUGGGGAGACUGAUGGAGGUGCGGCUUGGCACAUUCCUCCCCUCAAAGCGUUUAAGUGUGAGAGGGAUGAGUUGGCGGGACUGGUAGAGGACCUCAAACAUGGCAGUGUGAUUGGCAGUCAAAGGAGGGGGCUCACUUUAUAUAAAAAGAGCUUCUCAGGCGAACAGCUGGUUGACUGGCUGCAGAAAGAGAAGGGCAUGGCCAGGGCUGAGGCCUGUAACAUUGGCCAGGCAUUGUUGCAGAAGAAGUACAUGGUCAGUAUGCGUGGCUGUGGGCAGCAGGAUGGCACUUUUGGAGAAGGGAAAGACACCAUGGACACACUGUACAGGCUGCUGGAGGAUGACCCUCAUGCAGCCCUCAACGCAGGACAGACUGCAACCUGCAGUCCCAUAAAGGCUGCUGAACUCUCUUUGCUUUUACGGGAAAUGAUUCUGAAAUUGUUCUCCGAGCAUCUCUCUGCUGAUGGCAAGUCUGUGGACUACAAAGGCAUGUCAGAGAACCCCGCGUUUGAGCGUUAUUCUGAGUUAGCCAUUCAGCUACAGAGGGUGGAGCUGCUUUCACUGAGCCGGGAGGAGAAGUUGGCCUUCUUCAUCAACAUCUACAAUGCCCUGGUCAUCCACGGGUAUCUACGCCUGGGGGCCCCAACCAACAUGUGGCAAAGAUACAGAUUCUUCAACUAUGUGAGCUACCUAAUUGGAGGAGAGGUGUUCACAUUACAGGACAUUGAGAACGGCGUUCUGAGAGGGAACAGGAAAGGUGUCGCACAGCUUCGAAGGCCUUUUUCCAAAACAGACCCACGGCUACAAGUGGCCCUCCCAGAUGCUGAGCCCCUCAUUCACUUUGCCUUGAACUGUGGCGCAAAGGGCUGCCCGCCAAUUAAAACAUACACUCCACAGGACAUUGACAGCCAGCUCCGCACAGCAGCUGAAGCCUUCCUGGAGAACGACGACGGCUGUCUGGUGGAUUCUGGGAAAAGAGAAGUGCGACUCAGUCAGAUAUUCAAGUGGUACAAGGCUGACUUUGGAGGCACUGAUGAGAAGCUGCUGAGGUGGGUGUUGGAGCACAUGGGGGACUCGCCGAAGAAGGCCAGCCUGCAGGGCGUCCUUUCUGCCGGGAAGACCAAAGUCAGCUUCCUCCCGUACGACUGGAGCUCCAACAGCACCCACUGAGCGUCAACACCCAAACACCUACACGUCCAGCUACACCCUCUGUCUCUUUGCAUCUGUCCACUUUCCACUGAGCUGCAGCUGCAGCUACUUAAAAAACCAGAAGGACGGUGACAGCGUGUUCGCCGAAUGCAAUGCACUGGUCCCAAAGCUCAUGUAAAUGUUUUUAUGCAAAACAAACUGUAAAUCCAAGUGGUGAAAGGGAGGUGUUUGCACUGUACCAUCGAAUCACACUUCUUUUGUAGGCUUAUUCUAACUGUAAGGUCUUAUUGUAAGCCUCUACACCCUGUGUUUGGAAGUCAUAUAUGAGUUGUACUUUCAAAUUUCAAGUAAUUACAACAGAGAGCUUAUUUUAGAGUUGCACACAGAAAUUUUGUAAUGCAGCAUAUUUAAUGAGAUAAAAUGCACAUAAAGCGUGUUAUUGA